UAAGGAGAACACAAAUUGUCCUGGAGACCUGCAGUUUUCUGAUAAAUCACUAAGGAAGAGUGGCUUUUGUUGGACGACACAUCUCGGGAUAUAAGCACCUUGCUUCCGCGAGAGAUCAAAAAUGGUGCUUUUGGCAGCGGCGGUGUGCACAAAGGCAGGCAAAGCCAUUGUGUCACGUCAAUUUGUAGAGAUGACUCGGACACGCAUUGAAGGACUUCUGGCUGCCUUCCCUAAACUAAUGAACACAGGAAAACAGCACACUUUUGUUGAGACAGAGAGUGUGCGCUAUGUUUACCAACCAUUGGAGAAGCUCUACAUGGUGCUCAUAACCACAAAGAACAGCAAUAUCCUGGAAGACUUGGAGACACUGAGGCUCUUUUCUCGUGUGAUCCCAGAGUAUUGUCGUGUAUUGGAGGAGAGCGAGAUCUCUGAGCACUGUUUCGACCUCAUCUUUGCCUUCGAUGAGAUUGUCGCUCUGGGCUACAGAGAGAACGUAAACCUGGCCCAGAUCCGAACUUUCACCGAGAUGGACUCGCACGAGGAAAAGGUCUUCCGCGCCGUCAGGGAGACCCAAGAGAGAGAAGCCAAGGCUGAGAUGCGACGCAAGGCCAAAGAACUGCAGCAGGCGAGACGUGACGCGGAGCGAGCAGGGAAGAAAGCUCCUGGCUUCGGGGGCUUCGGCAGCUCAGGCAUGAGCAGCGUCAAUUCGGGCACCAUCAUCACAGACACGCUCAUUGAACCAGAGAAGCCGAAAGUGACUCCAGCCCCUGUUAGACCUAGUGGUCCCAGUAAAGCACUCAAGUUGGGUGCCAAGGGGAAGGAAGUGGAUAACUUUGUCGAUAAACUGAAAUCAGAGGGUGAAAAUAUCAUCAUGCCCAGCUCUGGGAAGAGGCCGUCUGAAGCAUCCAAAGUGUUGCAGCCUCCAGUUAACACAGAGAGUGUGCACAUGAGGAUUGAGGAGAGAAUCUCUCUGACAUGCGGGCGCGAUGGAGGUCUGCAAAACAUGGAGGUCCUGGGAAUGAUCACGUUGAGAGUCUCGGAUGAGAAAAAUGGACGAAUCCGCUUGCACAUCAACAACAAUGACAAGAAGGGUGUGCAGCUGCAGACCCAUCCAAAUGUAGAUAAGAAGCUGUUCUCUGCAGAGUCUCUGAUUGGUCUGAAAAACCCAGAAAAGUCCUUUCCCCUCAACAACGAUGUUGGUGUGUUGAAGUGGAGACUACAGAGCACAGAUGAGUCUCUCAUCCCUCUAACCAUUAACUGCUGGCCCUCAGAAAGCGGGAACGGUUGUGAUGUAAACAUAGAGUAUGAGCUGCAGGAGGAGGGACUUGAGCUCAAUGAUGUGGUUAUUGGCAUCCCUGUGCCAUCUGGAGUGGGGGCUCCGGUGAUCGGAGACCUGGACGGCGAGUAUCGUCACGACUCCAGGAGGAACGUUCUGGAAUGGUGCUUGCCUGUCAUUGACGAUAAAAACAAAACCGGCAGCCUGGAGUUUAGCAUAGCCGGCCAGCCUAACGACUUCUUCCCCAUCAGCGUCUCGUUUGUCUCGAAACGCAACUACUGUGACAUUCAGGUUACCAAAGUGUCACAUAUAGAAGGAGACAGCCCCGUGAGAUACUCCACCGAAACAUCGUUUGUUGUCGACAAAUACGAGAUACUGUAACGGCUUCGGGAUCGAGAAAAUCCUACCGGCCUACUUGCCUGUGUAACGUUUCCAAGAGAUUACAUCAAGUGGACUUAGCCCUUCACUAUCCCUUCUCAUGGCGUGCAGUAUUGAUGUAUUUAUAUGUUUGUAUGAGAGAAGAAAAUAUAUAUAAAUAUAUCUAUGUAUAAAAACGAACAUCCUUUGAACAGCAGAUAAACAGACUGCAUCUGCCACGGAGAUGGGAAAACGAACUGAAGCUUUUUCUACUGGAGACCAAGCCACGGAGGGGAGACAAGCAUCCCGUCCUACUCUCACAUCUCAACACACAACUUUAGGUAGACUGGAAAUAAGUGAGAAGAAUGCUCAUUUGAGAUAAAAUAGUGGAAGGAACCGGCUAAGCUCCCCUAGGGAAAAACCCAUUCUGAUUUGUCGGCUCGUCAUAGAUAAUUAAACCAACGGCUUUUUAUUUGCGUCUACGCGACAACACAUCACGCGUUGAGUAUCCAUUGGUCACGCUCGUACGAGCAAAAUGACUCUUUUGCUAUCAGACAUAAAAGUGGUUGAAGGCCAAACUGUUCAAUUUUUGAUUUUCAUUGUUCUCCUUGCUAUCGAAGUACUGACACUUGUAAAGCAUAAAGGGGUUGCUUGCAUGUAAGCGACAAAUCCUUGUCAUGUUAUGUUCACUUGUAAAUGAGUCUUGGCAUUAUUUGUAACUGCAUUAAAUGUGCAGGCACAAAUACUGUAUGUUAAUCACUUGAGUAAGAGGAUCUUCUUUUCUUUUUUUUUUUCCCAGAGAGUUCCAUCUUGUCCGUAACAGAAUUGAUGCAUUCUCGUGAGUUGUGACUAGCUUUUCAGCAUUAAUGGCCUUGUGUUUCUUUUUCUCUCGUUUU